AUGAGUGGAUUGACUGCGGAGCAAAUAUUAACAAUUAAAGGCAUUAUGGAUAAACUUCAAGAGAGGGCCAUAUCGCGAAUGUUUGCUAUCCCAGUUGAUCCCGAACGCGACAAUUGUCCAAAUUAUUUACAAAUUGUUCAUCAUCCAAUGGAUAUAGGUACCGUUUGCCAGAAAAUUGAAGAAAACAAAUAUAAUUCGGUUGCAGAAUGGAAAGCAGAUGUCGAAUUAAUUUGGUCAAAUUCGUUAUUAUAUAAUUCCAACAACCAAUUCCUUAAAUUUAUUACACUCGAUAUGCAGAAAACAUUUAGCGAACUUUCGAAAUUUAUCAGCGACAAUCCAGUUCGAGAUUGGUUCAACAAAUUAAUAUAUUUACGCGAACAAUUCGCAUCCGCAACUAAACCAUUCGAAGCACAUGCUUCAAUAAAUCGAUUAUCGCAGAGGACACCUGUUAAACCAAAGUCUCUUAGUCCUAAACCAAAUCAGAAGGCAAAUAAGGCUCAGAAACCAAAGAAGAAACCAAUUAAUAGAAAACCUCUUAAGAAAUCUGAAAUUGUAAAACUUACAAAGCAGAUUAACGGUCUUACUGAAGACAGCCACUUAAUUUCUGUUAUUGAGAUAAUUGAGGAAGAAGAGCCUAAUGUUAAGAUAGAAGGCGAAACUUUAGAACUUAAUUUAUGUGAUGUAUCUCCUAAUACUUUAAUUUUACUGAGAAAUAAGGUUGAAUCCUUAUUACCUCCACAACCUGUUCAAUAA